AGAGGGAACCAGAGAGAACUAAAGCUGGAAGAAGAACGAGAAAGAAGACUUGCUACACUGAUUCAAAGAUGUCCGAAUCUGAGAGUUCUCCACCAAAUCCAUGGCCGUGUCCUCACUUGCCCGCUUCUCUCUACCUCUUCCCUCUCCUUUCUUCUCGCUAAGAUCCUCACUUUCGCCGCUCUUUCGUCGCGCGGCAGCCUGGGCUAUGCCAAGCAGCUCAUCUCCCGAAUCCCAAGCCCAGGAAUUUACUCUUAUAAUUCCCUCAUCAGAGGGUUCUUGGAGAAUUCUCAAACGUCCUCUCCUGAACCCAUUUUAAUUUUCAAGAGACUGCUCAGGAAAAACUACCCGAGAUCAAACACUUUCACCCUCGCCUUUGUUCUCAAGUCUUGCUCGGUUUUAAUGGCGUUUAGAGAAGGCCAACAGGUUCACAAGCAUGUUGUGCAGUCUGGGCAUGGAUCCAGCCCCUUCGUUCAGACCUCAUUGCUGAAUUUCUACGCCAAGUGUGAGGAGAUUGAGCUGAGCCAGAAGGUGUUCGAUGAAAUUCCUGAGAGAAAUGUGGUGGCUUGGAGCGCGAUGAUCAGUGGAUAUUCCAGGCUCGGGAUGGCCAAUCAGGCUUUGGAUUCGUUCAGGGAAAUGCAGAAGGCCGGCAUUUCGCCUGAUCGGGUUACACUGGUGAGCGCCAUCUCUGCCUGUGCCAUAUCCGGGGCUUUAGAUUUGGGGAAAUGGCUGCAUGCUUACAUAGACAAGAAGGGAAUUGAGAAUGAUCUUGAACUUAAUACUGCACUUGUCAACAUGUAUGUGAAAUGUGGAUGCGUUGAAAAGGCAAAGGAAGUUUUUGAAGCUAUGCCUGUGAAGGAUGUCAAGGCUUGGGGCUCCAUGAUAUAUGGAUUGGCCAUUAAUGGCCUAGCAGAAGAUGCUUUGAAUGCCUUUUCCACAAUGGGAGAAACUAAGGUGGAGCCUAAUCACGUUACUUUAGUUGGCGUUUUAAUGGCGUGUGCUCAUUGCGGAUUAGUUUCUGAGGGAAAGAAGUAUUGGUCAAGCAUGAUUGAGUCUGGGAUUGCUCCAUCUUUGGAGCAUUAUGGAUUGAUGGUUGAUCUUUUCUGCCGAUCAAACUUGAUAGAAGACGCUAAUUCUUUCGUUGAGUCCAUGCCAAUCCCUCAAAAUCCAGCAAUACUACGCAGCUUACUCGUUGCGUGCAAGAAGAAAAAGAUUCUCGACAGAGGUGAAGUCACAGCCAAACGCCUUAUCGAACUAGAACCCCAGAACGCAGAAAACUACAUCCUAUUAUCCAGUCUCUACGCUUCAGUUUCAGAUUGGGAAAGAAUGCGAGAAGUGAGGAAACAAAUGAAGGACAAAGAUAUCAAGACUGUCCCGGGCUGCAGCUCCAUUGAAGUUGAUGGCUUUGUGCACGAGUUCGUGAUGGGCGACUGGUCUCAUCCCGAAGCUGAGGAACUAAAAGGGAUCUUGAGCGAAAUCUCGGAUAGAGUACGUGGCUCGGGACAUGAACCCUGGAUUUCAAGUGUACUACACGAUACAAGCGACGAAGAGAAAGAGCACGCCCUCUGUGAACACAGCGAGCGACUAGCUAUAGCAUAUGGUCUUUUGAGAACUGAAGCACCAACGGUCAUUAGAGUGGUAAAGAAUCUGAGAGUUUGCAGGGAUUGCCAUGAAGUGACAAAGAUCAUUAGUAGGUUGUAUAAUAGGGAAAUCAUUGUUAGAGACCGUGUUCGGUUUCACAAGUUUAUAGAUGGAGCUUGCUCUUGUAGAGAUUUUUGGUAGAAGUUGUGAGGAAUAUUUGAGUCAUAUUUUCUAGUAUUGAAGUGUUUCCCAUGAA